AUGGCCAAGGAAGUCGAGAUGACCAACACGGAGCGGGCUCUCUUCGACUGGGAGUCCUCCGUCGACAGUAUCAACAAGGAAUCGAUCGCGGACCCUUCGCAGGCGGAGACGACCACAUCCACUCGUUCAAAGCGUGAAUCCAUGGACAUCGCUGGCAGUGUCUUCCUCAUCGCUUCUGACGGCCGCCUGCUGAGCCUGCCUAUCCCCAGCGAGUCGCCCUCCGACCCCCUCAACUUCGAACGUUCCCGGCGGCUGUUCAUAUAUGCGACAUUGUUGAUCCACUCAUCCAUCUGCAUGUUUGCCAUACAGUCUCCAGGCAAUCUUUACAAGGCUUUCCUUCACACCUUCACCACAGAGGAAAUGGCACCAUUCUCGGUCGAAACACUCUCUGGUAGCCCGACAUUGAUGAUGGGACUGAGUUUCUUUCUCUGGAUUCCCCUCUCCGUGGCCUUUGGCAGAAGACCAAUCAUUAUCGCCUCAGCCUUGAUGAUGUCCGUGGCAAGCUUUUGGGCCGGUUUCACCAACAACUACCACCAGCUACUCGGGGCCAUAUGCGUCAUGGGCCUGGCUGGUGGCGCUACACUGAGCACAACCAUCCUUCAACUCAUCGACUUGACCUUCAUUCAUGAACGUCCUCUCGCCAUCGCCACGUUCUGGUGUGUCGGUGGUGGCAUACCGCUGCUGGUCCUCGCGAACUUGCCGUUGAUAGUCGACGUCGGCAAAGACUACCACAGUGUCUACAGGGGACUGGCCAUCCCCAGCAUAAUUCUUCUCAUAGUCAUAUUCUUCUUUGUCCCCGAGACAUAUUUCCUACGACCACCAGUCGCCUUCGACGGCCGGGUCCUUGUCCAGUCCGGCACGGAGAAGGUACGCAUGUACGAGGAGUGGUGGGACGUGCCAGGCGGCGACACGAGGUCGAUCCGGGCCAUGGAGAACGGCCUACCGAGCCUGACCGACCUGCCGGUACACACAUGGCGGGUGACGCCGCUCCGCAUCUGGAAGCGGUCGGUGUGCGAGCCGCGGGCCGCGUGGGCGGGCUUCAUCCAGAUAUUCCUCUGCAUGGCGAACCCGCUCGUCUUCUGGGUCACGCUGCUCAACGCCAUCAACUUCGCGGGCAUGAUGUCCAUCGGCAUCGGCUUCCCCGUGCGCAUGGCCGAGGCUCCCUACCACCUCCCCGCCUCCGCCGUCUCGCGCGUCAACUUCUCGGCCGCCUCGGGCAGCUUCCUCGCCCUGCCCGCCGCCUUCUUCAUGCUCAACAACGUCAUGAAGCGCCUGACGCUGCGCAACAAGGGUAUCCGCCACGCAGAGUUCUACCUACCUGCGUUUGUCCUGCCCGUCGUGAGCGGCGCUCUCAGCGUCUUCAUCUACGGCUUCGCCGCUCGCGAUAAAUGGCACCCCGCCGCGUACCACGUCGCUUAUGGCCUCAACGCCUUCAGCUUCGCGUCAGGCAGUGUCGUCAACACCAUGUGGGUGACCGAGUCCCUGCCUCAGUGGGCCGCCGCGGGCAUCGCAGUGGUCGGCGGCGUGAGCUACGUCGCCAGCUACGGCAUCACCGCCGUGCUGCCCAUGUGGAACGCCGCUGUAGGCUACGUUGCCGUUAAUUCCGCAAUCGGCGUUGCUCUGCUGGUCGUCGGCCUAUUCGCCGUCCCGAUCGCCUUCUGGGGUAAGAGUGUGCGGCAGUUCAUUAGCGGGAGAUUCUCCGCCUACGAGGGCGGUGCCCUGAGGCCGCAGUGA